CAGGCGCCGAGAAAGCAUUCCGUGAAACUGUAUUUGUGUAAUGUGUAGGGAAAAGCGUCGAGGUGCUAUUCGUAUGCCGAGCCAAAAUGCAGGAAAGAGCGGGACUUGAAAUGCAUUUGCUAUGUCCAAUUACAAUAGUCUUUUCCUGCUUAAUAUCUUGUCCUUCUGACUAUCCUUCUCUCGACAACUCAACUGCGCUUCCUUCUACCUUCUUCCCUCCUUGUACAACGUUCCGGUAUCGUCUUCCAAGAUUUCAGUUUGGUGUUUGUAAGGAGGCACGAAGGCAAGCCGCAACAACCCAAGAAAAGUCUGAGAAAUCUGGAGCGUUACCGGAAGUAGACUAGCGGCUCCAGAAGUGGCACUGCUCAGCUUGACUUAGUAAGGCAAGAACGAUCGAAAAAAGGCUCUUGCGCUUUAGAGACCGAGCUUACCCCUGAACCAAGG